AUGGAUAAGCAAAAGAAUCACAAGAAUGCAGAAAUGGGGAAUGAUGUGUUCCGCAGAAUAAUUCUUAAUCAGGUUGGCAGGGACAUCGGUUUGGAGGAGGAGAACGUGCCUUGCAAUACCCCGAGAAACUCCGUUCAUUCGCGGUUUGGUGGCUCAUCUGCCAAAUUUGCUGCUUCCACCAGUGGAAGUACCGGUGCUGAGUUGGUCAGCCCAGGCGAGUAUGUCAGAGAUCCUGGAUCCAUAUUGAGCUUGCAGCCUUGGAUUUUCAAGAGGAGCAGCACGAAGAACAAUGAGGAAAUGGUGGUUCCAAGUGGUAGCAGGUCAGUUGGUAGAGGCAAGAAUCUGGUGGAUGGCUUUCGAGAUGGUUCGACUACUGAGGUUUCCACAAGAAGCCCUGGUCUUGGUUCUGGGCCUGGAAGAGGUCGAGGUGCUCUUAGGAGCAGACGAGCCCAGAGGCAUUUUAUUAAUCCACUCGUCGCAACAGAGAACUCAUACAUUCCACAACUUUACAAUGAGAAAUUCGAGUUUGAAGAAUGCACAUUUGCUCCAGUUCCAUCCCCAGCUUCUGCUAGGCCAUUCAUUGUAACAGAUGGGAGAAGAAUCAUUAGUAAAUCACGCUAUGAACCAGUGCCUGUACCCUUUGGUAUUGGGUUCGACAAGGAAGAAUCUCGAAAUGGCUCAAAAGUGCCAGAAAGUGUUGUUGGGAUUGCUCCGCUACCUGAGCUGAAUAAAUCCAAAAGGGGAUCCCAAACAGAAAGAUAUAGUAAACCAUCAAAACCAGCAGGUAAUUUGGCGUCACACCACAAUUCCUUUAAUACUAGUAGAAGUUUACUUGAACGAAUGCUCAUGUUCUCCAGUGGGGUUGGCAUUGGUAUUUUAUCUUCCUCUCUAUCAAGCAAAAAAGAUCUUGAUUCGUUGAACGGCACACUGAAGCGAAUGGAGAACUUGGUUCAGGAUUUGCAAGAUGAGCUGGAGAUGAAAGAGGGGUUAACUGUGAAGGAAUUGCCUAAUGAAACAUCUGGUGAACUAGAUGAUGGCAAUAUCAAAGCUCACACCCCUGAUUCAAUAUCAAUGAGCAAAAUUGAAGCAGAACUUGAAGCCGAGCUUGCGAGGCUGGAGUUAAAUAUCACUUCAAACCACUUGGAAGAAGAACCGUUUGACUUGAUUGAGAUCGAUCAGGAGUUCAUUGGAGAUAUUGUUCAGGGGGAACUGAAGAGCGACAUGAUUCGUUGUGACAUUGCUGAUUACAGCAGUGAUAGUGACCAUGGCAGGGACAGCAGACAAAGCUCCCCAGAUUACACACAUGAGACAAACUAUCCUGUCUCACCUAGAGAUCUCAAUCUCCGUCUCCACAAGGUGAUCCAGCAUAGGCUGGAAGAGCGAAUCAAGGAGCUUGAGACAGCACUAGCUCAGAGCCAGAAGCAGGCGCAACUGCACAUGAUGGCAAGAGAGCGAGUCUUCUCCGAACAGACGUGCUUAAACAGUGAUUCAGGUUCUUCUUCCAACCAGGAUAGUCCAUUGUUUAUACAAGAAACUAGCUCCUCCGCCGAACCUUUCUGUCUAAAUCUAUCUGGAGACGCACUAGAAGCCUACGAUGAAGCCUAUGAAGAAUUCAUGAGAAUUGCUGACUCCCCUUGCACCACAAGUACAAACGGGAGGCCUCAGGUAAAUGAAGAUUACUCAGUGGACCGCAGCUUGAUCUGGGGCUUGGAAGAUGAGAGCGCUACGGAGCUGAAAGAGGACAGCACUUGGGAGCAGGCUGUGAAGAGCGGGGACCCUAACAGAGCUCAAGAGAGCGAUGGAGACGAGUCGGGCGACGAGGAUGACCACGAUAGUGAAAUGCUCAUCCAACAGAUUGUAGAGAGAACUAAGCAAGGCUCACCUGUACUCAUACAUGCUCAAAGAAUGUUGUUUUCUGUGGAUGAUUAG